AUGACUUCCAAGGAGGACGGCAAGGCGGCGCCGGGGGAGGAGCGGCGGCGCAGCCCGCUGGACCACCUGCCGCCCCCGGCCAACUCCAACAAGCCGCUGACGCCGUUCAGCAUUGAGGACAUCCUCAACAAGCCGUCUGUGCGGCGAAGUUACUCGCUGUGCGGGGCGGCGCACCUGCUGGCCGCUGCGGACAAGCACGCGCCGGGCGGCUUGCCCCUGGCGGGCCGCGCGCUGCUCUCUCAGACCUCGCCGCUGUGCGCUCUGGAAGAGCUCGCCAGCAAGACCUUUAAAGGGCUGGAGGUCAGCGUCCUGCAGGCAGCCGAAGGCCGCGACGGGAUGACCAUCUUUGGGCAGCGACAGACUCCCAAAAAGCGACGGAAGUCGCGCACGGCCUUCACCAACCACCAGAUCUACGAGUUGGAAAAGCGCUUCCUCUACCAGAAGUACCUAUCCCCCGCCGACCGCGACCAAAUCGCGCAGCAGCUGGGCCUCACCAAUGCUCAGGUCAUCACCUGGUUCCAGAAUCGGCGCGCCAAGCUCAAGCGGGACCUGGAGGAGAUGAAGGCCGACGUGGAGUCAGCCAAGAAACUAGGCCCCAGCGGGCAGAUGGACAUCGUGGCGCUGGCCGAACUUGAGCAGAACUCGGAGGCUGCGGGCGGCGGCGGCGGCGGCUGUGGCAGGGCAAAGUCGAGGCCCGGCUCUCCCGCGCUCCCGCCAGGCGUCCCGCAGGCCCCGGGCGCCGGGCCCCUGCAGCUCUCGCCCGCCUCCCCGCUAACGGACCAGCCGGCCAGCAGCCAGGACUGCUCAGAGGACGAGGAAGACGAAGAGAUCGACGUGGACGACUGA